AUGCAUCUCUCCUUCCACCUCGCCGUUUUCUCCCUCCUCACAACCAGCGCGUUCUCCUCCCCUCUAUGGCCCAACAGCGUCGUCCCAACGGACAGACACAAGCCGUCCCCUUCGAUCACGAUCAGCAACCGCGCCGUCGCAGUCGCACCGCGCGACCCAGCCAAUACUUCCGUCAACCCGGACGCAGUGACGGGCACGACGUGCGACGACACGACGGUCGCGCUGGAUAGUCACGACACCAACGUCGCCAUCCUGUCGAUAUGCGGAGGCAUCGCGGGAAGUAUCCAAUUCUGCGGCGGCGACCCGGAGACCACGGUCGGCGCGUCGGGGACGUCCAAGUUCACGCUGACGGCGGUGAACCAGGGCGCCACGAUCAAUGUUAGUAAAGGGCGGUGGGAAGGCUGUGUGCGGGCCGCGCAGGCCGUGUGUCCGACUGGGACGUUUAGUAGUACGUGUAUCGGCGGGACGAGUGAUGGGGCCGGGUUCACGUUUGUGUUGAGUCAGAAUUGA